AUGUUUGAGGGGCGUUUCUUGAAUGGAACCAUACACGCCCUUAACUCCCUUAAACCCUAACUUGGAAACGAACUUCACCUCUCCAAUUUUCUGGGGAAAAACUUUUCCCUGAGACGCAUCCCGUCAAGGUCCAAGGCCUUCACGUCCCAUUACUUGAAUCCGGAAAAAGCAUCAUUUUACGUAUUCGGUUUUUUAAUUUUAUCGAGAAAUCCUUUUCCCGGGAUUUUGCUUAGAGAGAUGCCUAUGACUGGAGAAAAACCAGAGGAAGUAAAACCACUAGUGGUGGAAGGUGAUGAUGACGGAGAAGAAGAAGAGGAAGAGGAUUCGUGGUCAUCGGAUUCCGAAAUCGGAGAAGCCCUAGACUGGUUGGACACGAAAGAUGGCAGUGAAGUUGGCGUGGAUGGACCGAUUAGUCUAAAUUCGAGGCGUCCAAAUGCUCAUGGAGGGCUUCACUCUCGCAUUAAUGCAUCGACGCUACAACCUCUCUCGAACCGGAACCAGAAGUUCUCCAAUCACAUCCAUGCUUCACCAUUGGAGGAGUGGGAGGGGAGGUUGAAUGUUGGCAUGUCAAACUCUGUGACAACUGCCAUUCGUGAAAGUGUUCGAGGGAUGGCCAUUGGUAAAACUAAAACCACCGAGAAAGCAGACCGUGCAACUGUUGAACAGGCUAUUGAUCCUAGAACUCGCAUGGUUUUAUUCAAAAUGCUGAAUCGAGGUGUGUUCCAUGAUAUUAACGGCUGCAUUUCAACUGGAAAAGAAGCAAAUGUUUAUCAUGCCACAAAAUCCGAUGGUCACGAACUUGCAAUUAAAGUGUACAAAACUUCUGUUCUAGUAUUUAAGGAUAGAGAUCGGUAUGUACAAGGAGACUACCGUUUCAGACAUGGAUACUGCAAGCACAAUCCUAGGAAAAUGGUAAAGACAUGGGCUGAGAAAGAAAUGAGAAAUCUUUUGAGGCUAAAGGCAGCAGGAAUCAGGUGCCCAACUCCGUACCUAUUGAGGCUUCAUGUUUUAGUCAUGGAAUUCAUAGGAAAGGCAGGUUGGGCUGCACCUCGUCUUAAGGAUGCUGCUUUAUCUCUUGACAAAUUGCGUGAAGGUUAUGUGGAGAUGAUUAUGGCAAUGCGGACGUUAUAUCAGAAGUGCAAACUGGUACAUGGAGACCUCAGUGAAUAUAACAUACUUUAUUUUGAGGGCCACUUACAUGUUAUUGAUGUUUCUCAAGCAGUUGAUCUUGACCAUCCUCAUGCCCUUGACUUUCUACGUGAAGAUUGUGUCCAUGUUUCUGAUUUUUUUAAAAAACAUGGUGUAGCUGUUAUGACAAUUCGAGAACUGUUUGAUUUCAUAGUUGAUCCAACCAUUACUGAUGAGUCAGUGGAUGAUUAUCUGGAACAGGUUCAACAAAAGAUUUUGGCAAGAGAGAUAUCUCCAGAGGAUGAGAUUGCAGAUUCUGUAUUUGUACAGUCUUUUAUUCCCAAGGCACUAGAAGAUGUGAAGAAUGCCGAGCAGGAUGUAAUCCGGCUAACAAGUGGCAAGGACACUACAGACAUGUACUAUAAAACUAUUACAGGACUCAAACAAGCUCUUUCUCUAUCUCAACCUUCUCCUCCACAAACCGAGCCGCCCCUUAAAGAAAACUCCUCUCUGGAUCCAACUGCUCAUUCUAACUCAGGCGAAGACAUAAUAGAAUCUGGGACAGAUGGGGAUGAAGAGAACUCAAGUGACACAGACAGUGGUUCCUCGUCUGAAAUCGAGACACAGACCCCCACCGAUAAGAAAGCUGCCCGAAAAGAGAACAAGAAGAAGGUGAAAGAAGAGAAGAGGGAAGCCCGGAAGACCAAGGUGCCAAAGGCAGUGAAGAAACGAAAGAAGAAACUGGCCAAAGCUCACAAGACCAGGUAGCCAUUAUCAACAUCUGAGGAAAACAAUUUUGCAGCAACGGAUUUUACAUUUUGUUUGAAGAUUAUAUUUAUAGGCUCAAAGUUAUUAGAGUUUAUUUAUAUAUGUUUGUUCUGUGAGGCUGUCUCAAAAGCUCUGAAGAUAGCGAACUUUUUCUUCUUUAUCUUUAGAUACUUUUGAUCAGGAUCAUAAAUUACAAACAAAAGAGUUUUUCAUCGGAUUGAAAACUCUGUAUUAUCAAAAGUAAGCAUAUUGCUUUUCUUUCAAA